AUGAAAAUCCGGGAGCAUGUUCAAAAGGAGAUGUCAUCGCCUUUAGAUGGUUCCGAAUUCACUCGAAUUCAAGUUGGGCCAAGACAAGAAGCACGACUGUCGCUCGGUUUCCAUGACCGCAUAUUACACAACCCCCGUGACCUAUCAUUCAAGAGACGAGUGAAGUUGGCAGGAGCAAAAGAGAUUCAGAAGGCUCACUUCCAUCAGCCCCAUGUGUCAUUGCCUGGCAAAGAGGACGAAACCCCAUCCAAGCCACCGAAAGAAACAUACAAGUGUGCUCAUGUGGAUGAUGAACCGGUCACACGCUCUCUGGGUGGGUGUUGGUCUUUCAAUGAUGUCCCUCCCUCCGUGUCACAGUCCCGAUACAAACGACAGAUUGAAGAAGCCAGACUGGAGUCAGAGCGAAUGAAAAUGAGAAACCUAGCCUGGAUGAUGGAAUACGAGACUUCGGGGACAUAUGGGUCUCCAAAAACCACCCAGAGUUUUACGGACGAGAUAUUGUACGGCGGUUCCCAGGAUGUUUUAUCUGCCGAAUUCAUGCAAAACCUCCCCGGUCUGGACGAGACUUUCUUUGGGCCCUACCCCGCUGUCGAAACCGACUGGAUGAUGCCCUACUUACCGAGCGGUUACUUCCCCAAUGACACGCUUCUCAAUCCAUACGUGGAGCAGGAUCCGAUGCUGGUCGGAUGGAAUGCAGGAUUUGAUGGAACUCGUGAGAACAGCAGUAUGUAUGAGGAGAAGCAUAUUCCGACGAUGUGGGAAGGGCCGAUGAAUGUCUAA